GUUGUGUUGCUCCUCCGGCCAUUUCAGUAAUAAGUUUUUGUUCUGAGUUCGCGUGUCCUUUGUCUCUGGGAGAAGCGCGAAGAGAUAAAAUAAAUCGCUGUUCAUGGAUUCGCUGAUGUGUAAACUUGUGAUGGGUUUGGUCGUGAUGGUUGGGAUCAUCGAGGUUUCUGGUGUCGAAGCGUGGACUGGCGAGAUUCGCGGUAGAGUUGUAUGCGAUGUUUGUGCCGAUUCUUCAAUCGGACCAGAGGAUCAUGUCCUUGAAGGAGCUGAGGUUGCAGUACUCUGCAUAACCAAAUCUGGAGAAGUUGUGAACUACCAAGCUUUCACAAACACAAAAGGUGUCUACACAGUAGCUGAGACAAUGCCAGAGAGCGAACGUUGGGACGCUUGUCUUGCAAGACCCAUAAGCAGCUUCCAUACUUCUUGCAACCACCUAAACCAAGCCAAUAAUGGAAUCAAAUUCACUUAUAACCGCCCUUCCGGUAACUUUCAUGCUGUGAAACCAUUUGUGUAUCGACACCAGUACGCACCCUCUUAUUGCUGAUUCAAAAUAGCCUUUAUACCCUUAUUAAGUUGUGUAAAACUUGUAGUAAUAAUUGAAAAAUCAAAUAGUUUUGAUAUCUUUGUUUUGUAUAAUGUUAAUAUUGGAGCAACUUUUAUAUUAUAUGAUUACACUAUGGUUGGCUCGCUCUCUGCCCGGG